CUAUUAGAAGAAUAUGUGGUGGCAUGGAAAAUGUGUGUGAUGCCACACUCACGGAAAACAUCAGUUCAUAUGGAGAGACCACCAAGUUCCUCUGGCUCCGGGCUUCUCGGCUGCCUCCUCACUCUAGCCUUCCUCCAGCUGCCUGCUCAGGUGUCAGGGAAUGCUGACAAGUUCUACCUGGCUCCACUUGGGGGCACAGCCGAGCUGCCCUGCCCUCUCUUGCUCUGGCCAGGCAUGGUGCUCAGCGAGGUGAGGUGGCAACGGCCCGCACACCUGCCUCGCACCUCGCAGGCCGUCCACGUGCUCCGGGAUGGGCAGGACAGUGAUGGAGACCUGAUGCCGGAAUAUAAAGGCAGGACGGAGCUGGUGAGAGAUGCCAACAGCUACACUCUGUACAUCAGGAAUGUGAGGCUGGAGGACCGAGGGCCGUACCAAUGCCAGUUCCGGGUCGGAAACCAGAGUCGAGAGGGCAACGUGACCCUGCAAGUGGCAGUUUUAGGUUCUGACCCCUUCAUCCACGUGGAGGGCUAUGAUGCUGGGUGGAUCCAGCUGGUGUGCCGGUCAAUGGGAUGGUUCCCAAAGCCAUGGACAGAGUGGAGAGACUCUGAGGGCAGACUGCUCCUAACUUUAUUGGAGGACUACUCCCUGGAUGAAACUGGGCUAUUCCGAACAGCAGUAUUCAGCAGAGUCAGGGACAGUGCUAUGGGAAAUGUGUCCUGUACUGUCCGUAACGAGGUCCUUGGCCAAGAGAAGACAAUAUUCAUGGUUAUUGGAGCCCCAGCUCCUACAAGUCUGUCCUCUCCAGAGGUGGCUCUCUCUGUGGUCUUGCCUAUCUUGGGACUCCUCAUCCUUCUUGGCAUUUGGGUCAUCUGUAAACAAAAAAGGUCAAAAGAGAAGCUCCUCUACGAACAGGUGAUGGAGGUAGAGAAUCUUCUGGAAGACCACGCCAAAGAAAAAGGAAGACUCCACAAAGCCCUCAAGAAACUCCGGAGGGAACUGAAGUUGAAAAGAGCGGCCGCCAACGCAGGCUGGAGAAGAGCCCGACUGCAUUUCGUGGUGGUGACCCUGGACGCUGACACAGCACAUCCCAAACUCAUCCUGUCUGAGGAUCGGAGAUGUGUGAGGCUUGGCGACAAGAAGCGGCCUGUCCCUGACAACCCACAGAGGUUUGAUUUUGUAGUCAGCGUCCUUGGCUCCGAGUGCUUCACAACUGGCUGUCACUACUGGGAAGUGUACGUGGGUGAGAAGACCAAAUGGAUCCUUGGAGUGUGUAGUGAGUCUGUGAGCAGGAAAGGGAAGGUCACAGCCUCCCCUGCCAAUGGCCACUGGCUUGUGCGACAGAGCUGUAGGAAUGAGUAUGAAGCUCUCACGUCCCCACUGACGUACUUCCGGCUGAAAGAGCCCCCAAAGUGCGUGGGGGUUUUCUUGGACUAUGAAGCAGGAAUGAUCUCCUUCUACAAUGUGACUGACAAGUCCCACAUCUUUACAUUCACCCACAGUUUCUCUAGCCCCCUUCGCCCUUUCUUUGAACCUUGUCUUCAUGAUGAAGGAAGGAACACAGCCCCUCUAAUCAUUUGUACUGAACUCCAAAAAUCCGAGGCAUCAAUUGUCACCAAACAAGAAGAAAAAAGUCAAGCUAAUGGAGACGUGUCCCUGAAGGUGAACCCAUCACUACUAUCUCCUCAAGGUUCCGAGCUUCUCCCACUCAACGAUACCUGGCCAUCUAACCUCGGCCCUGCCCUUCAGGGGUUCAAGGCUCCUUCUUUGUAG